CUGGGGACCUGGAGAAGGCGCGCACACCGUCCUUGGGCCCUUUUUAGAAGGAAUGUGUAUUUAUCGCUCUGGGAUUGUGGAUUAACUGGCUUGGAUUUGCCUCACUGCUCCUGGACUAAAGAAGAAGAUCACUUAACCUGAAAGUCAAAAUGAAUGCCUCACCUCGACUAAACGGGGUGUCAAAACCCAACGCCAAAUCCAUAUAUGAACAAAGGAAGAGAUAUUCAAAUGUCAUCAUGGCUGAUGUGUCACAGUACCAAGUGAAUCAUUUGGUGACCUUCACAAUCGAUGAAGAGGAUGAUGUCCACACAGUGGAAGAUGCGAUUCGGAAACUUAACCUAAUGGAUAACAAAGGCAGAAUAUGGAUCCAGGAGAUGGUUCUGCAAGUCAACAGUUCUACUGUUAAACUUCUAGAUGUGGAAUCCAAGGAAGAGCUGGAAGUGUUUCCUGUCUCUGCCAUCCAACGUUGCGAUACUUUUCUCCCAGAAAAUCGGCAUCGACCUCUGCUGGUGCUAGUAUGCCAGGAAAGAUACCAACCGAAAGCUGAUGUUCACUUCUUUCAGUGUGAUGAUAUUGGGGUGGAGUUGGUUUGUGAAGAUAUUAAUAGUGCUGUGUCCGAUUCCAAAACCGGAGAUAACUCAAAAAGAUCAGCAGUUCUACGGAACACUCAGGAGAAGAUAAGUCAGCAGGAAAGCACAAGUAGCGCCGAUUCCUUUGUGCCUAAUAGACAAUGGAAACAGCCCCAGACACGCUACGCCAGCCCAGCAGAGAUCCUGGAGCGCGAAUCACAGCGCAGAAUUACAAAACCUGCAGACCAACCACUAAACCCUCAAGUCACUAUCAAUCCAGUUCCACAGUUCCAGGAGUCAAGCAGGUCCUCACAGGAAUCUAUCUAUAGUCAAGUGAUACGACCUGAGAAGGAAUUACACGUCCCACAGAAUUCUGGCAGCCCACAAAUGCAACAGAAAAGUAGCUCAGGCGGACAGACAGUUGUUGAUGAAGUCAUCCAAGACCCAAUGGCCAUCAGAGCUGGACGGGAAGUGGACGUACUGAAUCAUUGCUUUGAUGACAUUGAGUUCUUUAUGGGAAACCUUCAGAAGUCAGCAGAAGCAUUCAAAGUCCUAAAUCAAAGAAAAAAGUCGAGAAGGAACAAGAGACCAGAAGCCGGAGAGGGAUUGCUUACUCUCCGAGCCAAACCUCCCAAAAUGGAAGAAUAUGAAGAAGCUGCACAGAAAUUCAAAUACUGCUUCUGUCUACUGGCAAGGCUUAAGAAUAACAUCAUGAAUCCCAGUUCGGUUGAGCUUACUCACUUCUUAUUCGGACCACUUAAAACUCUGGUGGAGAGUUCCGGGGACAUGGCUGCUAAUAUCAAAAGUCCAUUGCUAACCAAAGAAGCUGUUGGUAUGCUGAAUGAGUGCUUGGAUGACACAGAGCUGGAAUUAUGGAAUUCUUUGGGACCAAACUGGACCAAACCACGACUGGAAUUCCCGCGGGACUAUUGGGAGCCAUACAUUCCCACAUUUAGGGAUGGAUGGGUGCCCACUAACACUGAUGGAAUACCCUGGGAAGAUCCUGUUGAGCUCCAGCAUCGCCAUGAAGAAUUACGGUUACAGCAAUCAGCUCCUCAAGUUCAUCAACCGUUACCUCCCCCAACUCUGAAUGGCCACCAAGAGACAGACAGCAAGUGCGUGAGCUGCACGUACGAUUUUGUUGCCAGAAACAGCAGCGAGUUGUCAGUGUUACAAGGAGAAACACUGGAGGUUUUGGAUGACUCCAAGAAGUGGUGGAAGGUGCAGAAUCGCUUUGGACAGACUGGUUAUGUACCGUAUAAUAUACUUGCCCCAGUAACAGCAGAGGAACUUAACAGAACAAAACAAAAUGGAGUCCCACCCGGGAGCCCGGUAAAGAAGUCACAACCACCAACACCUCCCAAAAAGCCAUCAAAAUCAAGUCUUGUCAUCCCAGGACAGUGGGACACAGUAGAUAGUCAAUAUCCACAACAGACUAUUGGCCAACAAGAAAAAUUUGACAGAAUAAACAGUAUGAAUGAAGAAUUACUUAUCAGGCUGGCAAAUGGCCGAACAGCACCACAGAAGAACCUAAAUAUCCACAAGAUGUCAGAUACCUCCAUUCCACUAACUGAUGAAUCUAAUUCCUCAGAGGUCUCCGCUUGGCUCCAGGCCAAAGGCUUUAACACAAUGACUGUAAAAUCCCUCAGUGUCUUAAAUGGCGCUCAGCUGUUUUCUCUCAGAAAAGAAGAGUUGAAAGCUGUGAGCCCUGAUGAAGGUGCUAGAGUAUACAGCCAGGUCAUGGUGCAGAAGGCUCUUCUUGAGGACUCUAAAAAGAUCACAGAGCUGGAGGCUGUGAUGGAGAGACAAAAGAAGAAGGUGGACAGUGAACUUCAGAUAGACAGCCUUUGAAGGGAUUCAAUGACUUACUUGGACUUUAACCAGAUGCUAUUUAACGUCUUCCAAAGAAUAUAUGAAUAUGUAUAUGAACUGCAAUAUAUGAAUAUACCAAAGAUGUCCCCAGUCACAGCUGCUGGAGAAGUUAUCUAUGGAGCUACUGAAGACAGAGGCCAUUCCUCAGUGUAUCUUGGAAUGUAACGGGAUAUAGCGGUCAAUGCCUUAUAAUGGCGGGAUGGGAAGUUCUGCAAAUGCACUAUGCCUUAUUUCCACAUUCUAAAAAUGAAGAAUUUUUAUAAAGCACAAGAUAUUGGUGACCACUUCUGCACUCUUAUAUUCCUCUGCGGCUUGGUUACGGUCAGGAAUACAGUGUUCUAGUUUAUUCCUUUAGGAUUUGUGAUCCGAUGAUUAGCUUUUAUUGUUACCUGUUUAUUCAAGUUAGUGAUCUUUAGUCUAUUAUUUAGCAGAACGAGAGGGAAAAAUCCUCUAUAUGGAUAUCUUUGCCAAAGUUUUUAAAUUCUACAUUUUAUAUGUGGGUGGAUAAGGGCAAAUCGCCUGUACGGGUAUUGUAGGAAGAAAGCAUUUGAGUUCUGUUGUAUGUAUGAAGUCGGAAACAGUGACUACAAGCAACGAAUCAAUUCUGACUACACCAGCAUCAUUUAUAUUUGCUUUUCAUUUUACGGAACCAGAAAUAUAUAUGUACACACCAUAUGGUCUAAUACAAAAUAGUACUAUUGAGAUCAAUUUUAUUGAGGUGGUUCUAGACUUUUGACGCGCCCUGUAUAUACCGUACAUCUAAAGUGAUGGGUCAGAAAUCUCCUGUAUUCUGCUGUGAUCUCUAUUUUUCCAUUUGUAUGUAAUAAUGUCUGUCUACCUAUUUAAAUAUAUAACAAUAAAUUAAAGGGCUAUAUAUUUCUGUAAAAAA